AUAUAAAAUAAAGUCCCUGCAAAAGAACAAAAGAGAAAAAAUGGAAUGCAAACAACAUGAUAGAGAGCCAAACUCUGCAUCCAGCAUUUCAACCGGGAUGGGACCUGGAAGAUAUCCGCUUGGCCUUCUUCAAAUGCACCCGAUGGCAAGUAGAAGAAACUCUGGAUCCAAUCAACUGCCCCUUCCAUUACUUUUGUGACAGCGUUUAUCCCGGCCAUUACCCGCAGGUCGUCGACAUUCUCGUUCUUCUCCUCGCCACUGCUUCGUACCUUGCAACACUGGUCAUCAUGUUGAUAGAUAUAUCGAGAAGAGGGCGGCCUUGCUUGAGUCAGUCCAAGAGGUUGUUUCUGCCAUCAGGUCCACUGUCACUCCCCUUAAUCCUAUUGGCAUUAGCCAAGGGCUCGCGUAUCAACAUCUUAUACCCUUUCUCCUGCAUUGCUCCGGCAAUUCUUCAACUGGUUCAAAUUUCGUCUCUUGCGUUCGACAAUGGAGUGGAUAAGGACCCUAGGUACGCAUUCUUGGAAGCUUCCACCAUUUCGGGGAUUCUGCAUGCGAGUGUAUACCUGGAUUCCAUCAUCCUACCUUACUAUACCGGUAUCGAUGCUCUGGCGUCGUCGACGUUUUCCGGUGAGUGCCUAUCUUGCAUGUGCCGUAAACAGGUUUUGGUUGCAGGGGGGAAGUUGAUCUCUUACAGGGGAUUAUCAGUUACUACAUUUUGUGUGAUGGGGGGUUUGUGUUUAAGGAUCGUUUGCAGACUGUCAACGGAGAACAAAGCAAAAACCUUAACUAUCAAGUCCCUCUUGGAGAGUUUAGCUUGGAUCUUGAUCACCAAAGAUUGCGUCUAUCUGGUGGCGAACACUCCGGCAGAACAACCGCUGCUUCAAGCUGCUGCUUUUGGUGGCAUACUGCUAUUAAUUUGCCUUCAUGGACUCAAGGUGUUAUGCAUUCGAAUUACGCAAUCGCACCGGUGAGGUUGAAAUGAUGUGUACGGUAGAUGAGUGUGGGGUCUUAAUAUCAUUACCACCCGUAGAAGCAGCUGCAUUGAGUGUACAUGGUUGAGAUUUGCUCAAAGACACCAUCUAAGUUGUAUAGGAAGACCAAAUGUACAGUUGAAUUCACAUCAUCGUCUCAUUGUAGAACGAAUUAGCUGAUUGUUUGGCCCUCAAAUUACUAUUGUUAAUGGUAUGAAUGAGGGUGCCAACCCCUUUUUUUUUCUGGAUCUGUAAUUGAUUGUGUAAUUUCUUUUCGGAUUUAAGCAGGGGAAAUGUGGAAAUGGUGCGACUAAUUGUUCCC